AUGGUUAAUAUAUCAAGGUUAGUGGGGUAUAAUAAGGAGGACCUCAAAAACCUCCUAUUGAUCUUACAAGAAUUUGUGAUAACCUAUAGAGACAAUAAAGUCUCUAUAAAUUACAAAUCCAGACCAGUAAUUUUAUUUUUGAGUACAUUAGUAUCAACUGCUGGACUUGGUGUUUUUUUCACUAUUAGAAGUUUGAUUCACCAAUACAAUGAAUAUCAGUUAAACAGAAGGUUAAACAGGCCAAAUCUAGUAAGGCUGUCUUCAACAAUAAUGAAGAAUGGGGAGAGAGUGAUUUUCAUACCAAAGGGUGGCAAAAGGCAUACUAGAAUAAUUAUACCAAAACCGGAUUUGGACAAGUAUGCCGCUGAUAAGUAUUUGUACAAGAACUUUAAUAUUGAGCAGAAAUUGAAACAGCAGAAGAAUAUUUUCAAUUCUAGAUUCUUGAAUCAAUUAAUAAUAAUUUGGAGGAUAUUGAUUCCUAAAUUUUAUUCUAAGAAUACUUAUUUGCUUUUAUCUCAAUGCUUUUUCUUAAUUUUAAGAACUUGGUUGUCUUUGUUAGUUGCUAAAUUAGAUGGACAGAUCGUCAAAAACUUGAUAGGAGCAAACGGAAAGAAAUUUGCUAGGGACCUCAUUUACUGGAUCUUGAUUGCUUUUCCAGCAUCUUACACUAAUGCAGCUAUAAAGUACUUGACGGAUAGAUUGUCUCUAAGCUUCAGAACUAACCUUAUCAGGUAUAUUCAUGAUAUGUAUUUGGAUAAUGUUAUGGCUUAUUAUAAGAUAUCUUUCAGCACUGAACAAAUCCAAAACAUUGACCAAUACAUAACAAAUGAUGUUGCUAAAUUUUGUGAUUCAAUUUGUGGAUUAUUUUCUAGUAUGGGGAAACCGUUUAUUGAUCUAGUUUUCUUCUCUGUAUAUUUAAGAGAUAAUUUAGGUACUGGUGCCAUUGUGGGUAUAUUUACUAAUUAUUUCUUAACUGCAUGGUUGUUGAAAAAGAAUACGCCAUCUUUUGGUAAAUUGAUGGCAAGAAGAACCCAUUUGGAAGGUCAGUACUAUAAUCAGCAUUUGAACUUAAGCACUAAUUGUGAAGAAAUCGGUUUUUAUAAGGGAUCGAGAAUUGAAAAGGCAAAAUUAAAGGAAGUUUUUUUCGAAUUAAUCGAUCAUAUUUCGAAGGAAAUUAAUGUGACGUUUGGAUAUUCGACAUUGGAAGACUAUAUCUUGAAGUACACAUGGUCUGCAUGGGGUUAUGUAUUCGCAGGUUUACCUGUGUUUUUAGAUGAGAUUUGGCCAGCUAAAUCAGACUCCAAAGAUGAAACUAUUAAAAAGCCCGUUAAUAAUGAAAGACAAAAUAUGAGACAGUUUAUCAUUAAUAAGAGACUUAUGCUUUCUCUUGCUGAUGCGGGUUCCAGGUUGAUGUACUCCAUUAAAGAUAUUUCUGAAUUGACUGGCUAUACAGAUAGGGUUUUUACAUUAUUGUACAAUUUACACAAGGUUCACUCACCCAGGUUUGACUAUGGCUCAAUUUAUGGCAGUGAUGACAUACAUGGAACUAUUCAGGACCGUUAUAGCCAGGGAGUAAGAUUUGAAAACAUUCCAAUUAUAAUUCCUUCUUUUGAAGGGUCUCACAGCGCUCGAUUAAUUGAUAAAUUGAAUUUUCUGAUUUCUGAAAACAAGAACUUACUCAUUCUAGGAUCAAAUGGAUGUGGUAAAACUUCAAUAGCUAGAGUUAUAGCUAGACUUUGGCCCUUAUAUUCUGGGUUACUAUCGAAGCCUGACGAUGAACAGCUCUUUUUCUUACCUCAAAAGUCUUAUUUCACAAAUGGAAACUUGAGAGAUCAGAUUAUCUAUCCGUAUAGUUACGACGAUAUGCUUUCAAUGGGAUAUAACGAUGAUCAUUUAUACCAUAUCUUAAGAGAGGUUAAGUUGGAAUAUUUGUUGACGAGGGAAGGUAACUUUAAUGUCAAGAAAGAUUGGAAAGAUGUGUUUAGCGGUGGUGAGAAGCAAAGAAUUAGUAUCGCUAGAGUAUUAUUCAAAAAUCCUAAAUUCGUGAUUUUAGAUGAAUCAACCAACGCUGUUUCGACAGAUGUGGAAGACUAUCUAUUUGAGCUCUUGCAAAGAAAGAAGAUUACUUUCAUCACUUUAUCUCAUAGACCUUUGUUAAUGAAAUACCAUGAUUUCAUUUUGGAAAUAAAAAAUGAUGCAGGAGAUCCUGAUAAAUGGGAAUUUUAUGACCUUACGUCGGGUGAGAAUUUGAAGAGCAUUGACAACGAAAUCAGGGAUAUUGAGCACAAGUUAGCUCAAGUUGAAAAAUGGGAAGCUCGGAAGGAAGACAUUGAGUUAUAUCUAGAUGGUAAGAACGACGAUAUUAAGUAG